AUGCUCUUGAUAACAUUUUCACUAUUAAAAAAAAAAAACUUAGACUCUGUAAUCUUUAUCGAUGACAAGAAUGAGUCUCUGUCGCUGGAAACGAGAUGCAGGAUCGCGGUGGGGGUUGCAUCGGGGAUUGAGUAUCUCCACUCGGUGGGGUCCGGGACCGUGCACGGCAACAUCAGGUCGUCAAACGUGUUCAUCACCGAGGACUACGAGGCGCGCGUGUCGGAGUACGGGCUGGCGCAGCUGGUUGCGUCGAGCUCGAGCCUGAACGGGUACAGGGCGCCGGAGGUGCUGGACACGCGCGUGGGUUCGCAGAAGGCGGACGUGUACGGGCUGGGGGUGCUGCUGCUGGAGCUGCUGACGGGAAGGGAGCCCGACGGGAUUCUGACGGAGGAAGGCGUGGCGCUUCCUGAUUGGGUGCAGACGGUGGUCGAGGAGAAGGGGACGGCUGCGGUGAUCGAUCCGAGUCUGUUUGGCCGCGAGGAAUCGGUGGUUGAGCUAUUGCUCGUGGCGCUUUCGUGCACGUCGCGGCAGCCUAGUGGUAGGCCAUCGGCGGCGGAUGUUGUGCGACGGCUGCGGAAAAUUUGUGAUUGA